AAAUGUCCGUAAAUGAAACAAACAAAAAAAUGGCGCGUAUGAAACUUCCUGGCGCGUCUUCUCCAGGUAAAGAUAAAUUAGAAACUGUUUGUAAGUCUGAAGCUCAUUAUGAUGAAAGUGUAAAUCCAAUGGUUAUUUCGAAAGAUGAUUACGUUGCUUUGUUUGGUAACUCUUCUUCUGAAGAAGAUAAUGAUACAAAAAAUGGAUACUGCAAUAAUAAAAUUAAAGAUGAACCUUUUAGUAAAAAUGAUCAUACUGAAAUAGAUGUUUCUAUUCCGGUUAAAAAGAAAUAUGUUUUGGAGCCUAAAACACGUUCAUCCAGUCGUAAAGUUCAAAAUUCUUCCCUUGAAGUUGAUAAUCCGUACAAAAAAAACUACUUUAGUUACAGAAAAGAUAGAAAGCGCCUCAAGGUUGAUCUUGACAAGGAUAUAGUUCGUAAUGUAAAGACAAUCAAGAGUUUUGAAACAUCUAGAAAACUCACUGCUGUAAAUAAAACAGUCAAAUUUUUACUUGAAAAGGCGCAUAAACAUACUGCUCAUUUACCUCAACGAAGGCGAAAAAAGAAUACUGAUCAAAAUUUUAUUUAUUAUGAAAAAAAGUAUAUUAAAAACACAGUAGAAGAAACAGAAUUAUGCACUAAAAGUGCCUUUAUAGAAUCAACAGGUAAAACCAAACCAAGUUAUUCUGAGAAAAAGAAGGUCCGAAUGAAAUAUGUUGUAUCCUGUUGUUCUAAUCAAUCUUCUCAAAACAGUUUUUCUCCUCAAAAAUAUGUCACACCUUAUUCUUCUCUUCAGGCUUCACAUAAUGGCUCUCCUCCUAAGAAAAGGAUAAAAAUAAAAAAUAGUUCACCUCAAAAACUUUUUACUAAGCAAAUGAGUGAAGAAUCUAGAACACUAACUGAAAAAUCUAUUCUUCAUAGUUCUCCUAAAGUUUUAUUAAAUAACUUUAUGGAUAUAUUUGAUAACAAGAGUUGUUUACUUGAUGAAGAACUAAAAUCGUCAAAAAAUGAUGACUUUAUAAAAUUGUGUAGUGAAGAGGCUGAUAACAAUCCGUAUAUACAAAAAGUAUCAAACAGACAAAAUGUGUUUCUAAAAAAAAUCAAGUGUGAUGAUCAAGAAAAGCAUGACACAGAUAAAAGAUUGUAUAUAAAUCAAACAAGGCGUAUUAAAAAAUCAUUUCCACCAUCUGUAUUUUGGAAAAAUCACACUGGCAAUAUUCGAUUAAAAGCAAUAAACAUAAGUGGAAAACUUCAUUUUACUGACUUUAGCAAUCGACUCGUAACAUUUUGCGGAAACUGUUCAAACUGUAAAAAAACAGAAGAUUGCAUGAAAUGUAAACAUUGCAAGAACUUAAAAGGUUAUGCAAUGAGAUAUCUUCCUUGUUACAAUAGGAGAUGCAUAAAUCCUAUUAUUGGAAAACAGAUUGUGAUAAAUAAAAAGUUAUCUAAAAGAAUUCCAGGUAGUACUGAAAAAUAUUUAACCAAGUUGAAUGUUCCGCCAAGAAUACCACAAGUAACACAAAUAGAAAUUCCAGAACAAAAUGUUGAAGAAAACAAUAUAACUGUUAGCAAUCUUUCUCCCACUAGUUCAAUGCAACAUACAUUUACAUCUGGCGACAGUACUUGCCAUAGUUUUGUUGUUGAGAACAAAAACAAACUUUGUAAACCUUUAUGUAAAGAUAUCUUUAACAGUAAUGAGGUUUUUACAUGUUCUUCUAUAAAGCCAAAACUAAGAAGCACAAUGAAUGAAAUUACACAUUCAUUCAAUGAGCACCUGCCACGUAUUGAAUAUAGUUUAGAUAACUUGAUUAAAAUACCUUGGCCAAAUGACAAUAAAGAAGAUGCAGCUUGGGUAGCAGGGCAUCAUUUAUGUUUAACAACUGCAGUUGAUUUAAACAUUAGAAAUUUGUGCUUUCUUUGUGGAAGUGCAGGAAAAGAACAUAUGAUUUUCUGUUCUCUCUGCUGUGAGCCAUUUCACACAUUCUGUCUAGACGUAGAACCUGUUUUUAAAAAAAACUGGUAUUGUGAUCGAUGCAAAUACUGUACUGUUUGUGGAAUGAAAGAAAGUUUACUAAUGUGUGACAUUUGUCAUGAUUGUUACCAUGCUGAAUGUCUUGGACCAUUUUAUCAGUGUGAGACUGAAGGUGAAGAUGAGAUCUGGGUUUGUGGUAAAUGUGUGAAGUGCGUAAAAUGUAACAGAAGAACUCCUGGAGAUAAUAAGUCAUCAAGAUGGAUGCAGAACUUUACCAUGUGUGAGAAAUGUGAUUUCAACUGGAAGAAAGGAAACUAUUGUCCAGUGUGUUUAGUGUUAUAUAAUGAUGAUGAUGAUGCAUUAAAGAUGAUGUUUUGCACAAAAUGUGAAGCAUGGGUUCACAUGGAGUGUGAGGGAAUUACAGAGGAUGAUUAUGAAAUACUAGCUGAUCUUCCAGAUGAUGUUCCAUAUUUGUGUAAGUUGUGUACUGGAAAUAACAAAGAAAGUCAGAAAUGGUUUAUUGCAACAAGGACCGAACUCAAGAAUGGCUUUUUAAAAGUAUAUUCAAGUGUUAUGUUAAAUAAAGAUUACAAAGCAUUAUGUAAGGUUUUUGGUGAAAAUAGUGUGAUGGUAUCAGGAUUUGACACAAUGUUAGAUAGUAUUCAGUCAUCAAAAGUAAAGGAUGUGCACGAGUUCAAAAAUAUGUUUCUGAAAAUAAUCAAUGAACUAAAAAUAUUGGUUAAAGAGAUGCAAGUUGUGGAUGUAUUUGACUGUUAUAUUUUCAAACAAGUCAAUAAAUUAUUUGUUCAAUACUUAAAGUACCUCAAUGAUGUUUUUCCCUGGCACUUGGCUGAUAAAUCAAUCAUGUCAAAUACGGAAUAUCCAGUAGUUAUAAAAAGCAAUUCUGUAAAUUACGAGUGCACUCCUUAUAUUUCAAAUUAUGGUGAUCACACUUAUUCUGUUGCUUCAAAGCUUGAAGAAAAUUACAAAGAUACAAAAGACCUUAAGGAUAGUUCAAUAACCGAUUUGAGAAGAUGUAUGUUUUGUGGUGUUUAUGGUGAUGGUGAACUUUGUGGAGCAGGGCGUCUACUUUAUUCUGGGGAUAAUGAAUGGGUACAUGUAAAUUGUGCUUUGUGGUCAGCAGAAGUGUAUGAAGAUGAAGAAGGAAGACUGAAACAUGUGUAUGAAGCAAUUAAACGAGGAAAUAAAAUUAAAUGUGAUCUGUGUGAUCAGUUAGGAGCCUCUGUUGGGUGUUGUUAUCAAAAAUGUCCAAAGAGUUACCAUUUCAUCUGCGCCAAGCAAAAUCAAGUGAUAUUUUUAGAUGAUAAGAAAAUAUAUUGCAACGCACAUAGCAAUAAAGCAAAUAAAAAUUUAAUUUUAAGAGAAGAUCAAUUUGUUGUUUCAAGAAGAGUUUUAGUUGAUCUUGCUCGGUUCAAGUCAUUGAAAAGAGUCCAGAGAGGAAUUGAUCCUAAAGAUAUAAAAGUUUAUUGUGGAGGAUUCUCCUUGCAUAAUCUCGGUUCUCUAUCAGAUCAAUCUGAUUUGCAGAGAGUGUUGGUACCAGUUAGCUACAAAGUAACAAAGAUAUUCUGGAGCACGACUAACCCCAAGCAUCGUUGCAAGUACACUUGUGAAGUACACAGUUUAAAUAAUCCAACAGAAAAAUUUGUAAAAACUGAUUCUAAUAUUUUUAAAGAUGAUAAUAUGACAUUUUAUCACGAUAAUGCAGAGUGGCAAUAUUUGAAGAAAUAUUGUUGUUGUGGUACCAACUUUAAUGAUAAUGAAUUUCUCACAGGUUUUCUUCAUAAGGAAAACUGUGUUUUAAAAAAGUAUUAUAAAUAUUACACUCAAGAAGAAUUACUUAGUUGUUUAAAAAAAACUCUUGAAUUACCUAUUACAAAACUUUACACUCACAAAGAUCACAAUUUUUACUCAAUUACAAAUCCUCAGACACAAGAAUCCUUCAAAGAAUCUUACAAUCCUUCAGAGCAGACACAAGAACAUAAUGAACAACAAAACAUCUAUCCUUGUAUAAAAGAUUCUUAUGUUCAAGAACAUAUAUCACCAACUCAUCUUCUGUACCAAUCGGGCUCAAGUUCAUCAUCUUUUUGUAUAUCUUCUUCUGAUUUUAUUUCUGAUUUAUCCUCUACAUCUACACUAUCAGCAACAUCACCAAUGUUUUUUCAAAAUGACUGUUAUAGUUGUGGUGAAGAAACUUUGUUAAUUCCUAAAAAUGAAUCUCUUGAAACAACAGACUAUACAUCAAUUAAAAACCAAAGUUUAUCAAGGCAGAUUUCUGAAGAAAUAGAACGAAGAAUUCAUCAAACCUCGUUAAACGAAAAGACUUCAAUAGAAUAUAAUUUUUUUCAAAAAUCUGAUACUGCUACUAAACAUUUUUUUAAUAAUUCCACUAAUUCCUAUAUAUCUUCUACAUUACCACCUUAUUUAAUAGAAAGUAAUAUUAAUACAAAUCUUCUAGACAUAAACAAUCUCAAUAAAAAUAACUAUGCUUUAAAAUGUGAUGUUUCUUUGUGUGAAUCAUUUCUAUAUGAUCAAAAUAUAGUCAAUAAGCUAAAUAAUGAAGAUUUGAAAACAUAUGAUGCUUUGUUGCAUCAUUUACAUGAACAUACUCCAGCAUAUACAGGUAUUGAAAAAUGUAUUGAAAAAAGUUCUACUAUUGACGAUGCUUCAGAACAUAAUAGUAGUUUUAAUUGCUUUUCUGUAACAGAGAGGUUACAGCAUGCUGAGUAUGAAAAUAACAAAAUUCAAAAAAUUAAUACUAACAAAAGUUCCAAAUCAAAUUGUUAUGAAUACUCGCAAAUCUAUUUUUCUGAUUCGCCCCAAUUGCAGCAAAGUUGUAUCUCAGUUUCAUUGCAGAAAGAUUGUGUACCAGCUUUGUCUUCAUUGCAACAAGUUAAACAUAAAAAAAGAAUUAAAAUGGCAGCUGACAUCGAGGUAAGUCCAAAAAAGCAAAUCUUGUCUUGUAUUCCUAAAGGUUUCAACUAUCAUGAAGAAAGAUUUGUUGAUAAUCUAGUAGUUUGUAAUGAUGGUAUGCUAUCUCAACCAACAGAUUACAACCCAGAAAUUAUUAAAGAAACAAAUGCCUCUUUAACUCACGCAGUCAGUAUUCCUCUGAGGUUUACUGAGAUGAAGGAUCGAAAAGAAAGCAGUACAACUAAACAAAAAGACAUUCAAAAAUGUUAUAAAAGGAAUUACAGAGAAGCCUUAAAAAAGCUACUAGACAAUAAAAAGUAUGAAAAAAUAAGAAAAUCAAAAACACAGUUGAUGUUUGUUUUGAAGAAUGAGGAAGGGUGGUUUAAAGAGAGUAAUUCCUUAGAAGAGAUUUGGAAAGAGUUACUUUUUGAAAUUAAUGAUAAAAGACUGGACUUUGACAUACCCCCAAUUAAUAUUGAAUCUACUGAUCCAUAUGACUUCAUUGGAAUCUCUAAAGACUUUAUUUGUUACCUUGUGGAACAACUAUCAGGUGGGCACAAAUGUCGCACAUACAAGUUCCAAUAUCAUCUACCAUGUGUGGGAAAAGAAGAUCAGAAAACAUCAAUGAAUCCAACUGGUUGUGCAAGAUCUGAAAUUUUUUUCAGCAAAGCUGAAAAGGAUAUGUUUGCUUGGCUUGCUUCUCCCUACCGUAAACCACCUAAAUCUUGUGCUAAUGAUACUGAAGAAGAUGUAGUGUUUGGUCCACAAGAGUUACCCGUUGCUAUGAAGUAUAGAUUAUUAAAGAAUUUAGCAAAAGAUAAUGUUGGUGUUUAUAGAUCUAAGAUUCAGGGAAGAGGGUUGUUUUGCAAGAAGACUAUUGAAGCAGGGGAAAUGAUAAUAGAAUACAGUGGUGAAAAAAUUCGCUCCUCUCUCACUGAUCGGCGUGAAAAGUACUAUGAAAAAAAGGGUUAUGGUUGCUAUAUGUUUCGAAUUGACGAUACUGACGUUGUUGAUGCGACUACAAAAGGAAAUGCUGCUCGGUUUAUCAAUCAUUCUUGCGAGCCAAAUUGCUUUUCACGUAUCAUAUCUAUAGAUGGUUGCAAAAAAAUAAUUAUUUAUGCGCAAAAAAGAGUUACAGUUGGAGAAGAACUGACAUAUGAUUAUAAAUUUGCUAUAGAGGAUGAUAAAUUACCGUGCUUUUGUGGUGCAAAAAAAUGUCGAAAAUACCUCAAUUAAAUUAUUUAGUUACGAGACAUGAAAAAUGGCUUUCGGAAAGAUUAUAUUUUAUAUAAAAGUGAAUUUUGAAAUCUUUUGUGUAUAUUUGUUUUUAUACUAAAGAAUAUUUUACAAAAACUUGAAAUCAA